AUCAAACUCAUCAGAAUGGCAGCGCAGACAUGCCCCUCUUACAUUUACAGCCAGCUCUAUGAUAAUUUAACAGUGCUCAAUAUUUAUUCGUCAUGACUAACACGACACCCUGCUCAACGUUUCCCGCUAUCAUCGCCCAAUUCUCCUCUGAAGACCUUGUGAUUGGUGCAGGCGUCGCCAUCUUCCACAUUGCCUCGCAACGAGUCGUCAUUUGCAGUGCUAGAGACCGUUAUGGCAGGAAAUAUUACUUUUUGCCUAAGGGAAGGAGAGACGCAGGAGAGGAGAGCGGCAGAGGCGCCGAACGAGAAGGCUAUGAAGAGUCGGGCUAUCGCAACCGCCUGCUUCCUCUGUCCUUAAAGCAUCGGCAGCCCCAAGCAUACCCACGGGUUCAAACGCCGCCACUCACCGCGGAACCGGUAUGGAUGCAGAUGCUCCCGAUGGACUAUGGAUCAAGGCAGUACAUUAUAUACUGGUACAUUGCGGAGACGCUUCCGCCGGACCUUGAGGAAGAGCUAGAGAGAAAGGCUGGCGAAGCGUACAAGCCUCCCCCAUCGUUCCCCCACGACCUGAAGCUUCGUGAUAGGAUCAAGAUGGAGCCCAAAGACUACGAACCUAUGCACCACGAAGGCACUGGGGUUGAUGCAGAAGAGCAGACGUACGAAUCGCAUUUGCUCCCUGUUGGCGAGGCUGUGGAGAAACUUGGAAAGAAUGGCAUCAUGGCUGAUGUUGUGCUAAGGGGGUGGAAAGGGAUACAGGAAAGAUUCGCGGCGGAAGGAUUCGUGGAUGACGAGAAUGCAUAAUGAGCUGGUGAAGAGCCUUCAUUCUGUUGAGAGCCUUUCUCUCACUCGAAGCUUCUCCAGCGUGAUUCUGCCCUCGACAGCCCGGACACGUCACAAAGGAAUAGUCAUCUUACCAUGUCCAAUUUCCAGCGGCUGCCAAGGCCUCUCACUGCCCGAUUCUAAUACGAAAGGUGACAUAUUUAUGCAAAAACCUCAAAGAUUGGACUGCUAUCGGGCUUGGAUAUCCCACACAUCAGUCCUCGAAGACAGGAUCCUUGAAAACAACAAACUCGAAGGACGUGAUCUCACUUAACUUUGCAGAUGCGACGGUGUGUGGACGAUACUUCCUAGUGUGAGAUUACGUCUAGGACGAAACACGACACAAGGCUCAGCCUUGGAAGUCAAAUGA